AAACACGUCUUCAAUGACGUCUUGACGAUGGGGGGCGGGCUGUUCCAAGAGCUUUCACGAUGAUGUCAUAUCAGGUACCAAAACUUCGCUCAUUGUGGGUUUGCUCUCGAUAGAUCUUGCGCCGGCGGCAGCAUGGAGCCUGAGCGUUUCACCAUGAGGUGGCCGUGAGUUGUCGUGCCUUCGAUCAGCUCGGAAGUGAGGAAGACGAGAAUCCGUGCGAGAUGGGUUCCCUGGAGUCUGAGGAUUGUGUGGGUUCCGCUUGGCCCGGGCCCCUCAGCGUUGCUUCUGGGGGUGCGGUGGAGGAUGGGCCUCAGACGGCAUUUCCCGUAUGCUACCCGCCGCAACGUGGAGGGGAGGAGGGGGAGGAUGCCGCCGUCGCCGACUUCACUGCAGCCUGGCAGCAAGGGAAUGCGCACCUUGAGGCAGGCAAGACGGAGCAGGCGAUCGAUGAGUACACACUAGCCCUGCGCUUGCGGCCCAAGCAAGCCCAUGGGGUACUGCAAAACCGCUCUGCCGCGUUUGCACGGCUCAGCCGCCAGCUGCGAGUGAUCCCGGCAGCCCAGUCCGAGAGCCGGGCACUGUACGGGCUAGACCCGCUGUCCCUGGCGCAGCUGGCGCUCAAGGACGCCGACCGCGCCAUCGAGUUGCAGGCGGACUCUCCUGUCGCUUUUGCCUGCCGCGCAGACGCCUGCUUCCUGCUGGAGCAGUAUGACGCAGCGGAGGAGGCGUAUUUGAACGGCCUUCACCUGGAUCCCUCCAGUCCUUUGCUGCGGCGUGGCCUGGCGGAGCUGCGCGCGCUGGACGAGCGCGCGGCCGCGCGGGGCAAGGAGGUGGAGCCAGGGGCCAAGCGGCGGCGGCAGGCCAUCCCCCACAGCGACGACCUCGACUGCACGCUCUGCCUCAAGCUGCUGUACGAGCCAUGCACAACGUCCUGCGGGCACACGUUUUGCAAGGACUGCCUGGCCCGCACCAUGGACCACGGCCUGAACCGCUGCCCCAUGUGUCGCACGGUGCUCUUCUUGACCCCGCGCAGUCAUCCCGUGAGCAUCACCCUCAAGAACGUCAUUGAGAAGAACUUCAAGGCCGAGUACGCCGAGCGCCGUGCCGAGAUGGAGGCCAUCACUCAGCCCGCCACCCCAGAGAUCUUGCCGCUAUUUGUGAUGGACGUGGUGCUCCCCGGCAAGAAGAUGGCGCUCAACAUCUUCGAGCCGCGCUACCGCCUCAUGACCCGCCGCGUCAUGGAGGGCAACAGGAUGUUCGGCAUGUUGGGGUACGAUGCCCGGACGCGCAACGUGGCGGACAUGGGCUGCCAGGUCGAAAUCACCGAGUGCCAGCCCAUGCCCGACGGCCGCUUCUAUCUCGAGGUGGAGGGGCGGCAGCGCGUCAAGAUCAUCGAAGACUGGGAGCAGGACGGGUACCGCGUUGGGAAAGUCGCAUUCGUGGAGGACACGGUCGACGAGGGCAAGCAGGCCGAGGUUGCGGCGGCUGCCGAGGAGACGGCAGCUCUGGCGCGCGAGUGGCGCAUCCGGGAGGCCUCCGCCUCAUAUGGGCGCGGGUCGCGCGACUUGGCGGAGAUGGUGGAGCAGGCGGGGCCCAUGCCGCCCACCUCGCAGCCGGAGCGCCUCAGCUUCUGGGUGGGCAACUUGCUGCUGGUGGGUCCGCGCGAGCGGCUGGCCAUGCUGCGCACCACCGACACUGCCGCGCGGCUGCGCAUGGGGCGCGCUUUCCUGGCGGAGCCCAGCAGCGGUGCCAGCCAGUGCCGCAUGCAGUGAUCCCGUUGCGCAGGCGCAUCGAGGUGCGGAAGUCGACGGGUAGCGGUCGGGAAUAGAAAGAGGGCGGGCCUUGGGUUGGAAAGAGGCAUGUACAAAGUGUAUCCUACGCAGGCAACCAUUGUAUACAAUUCUUGGAAGUAGGACUUGGAGCAAUCUGGCGAAUAACAACUGCUUGCACUCAGUGCUAUUGGCUGUCAAACUUUGGCGAAGAAGUUAGAGCAGCAGAGCCAAGCAUGGGUUGCACACGAGGUGUCUUAGUUUAGAGCUUUUAGCAAGCAGGUAUACGAGCAUAGAACCACAAGUCCCAGAUACAUUCAUGUGCUGUUGUCCCUUGGGCAUUAAGCCGCAACUCGCAAUUCA